AAAAUCGUAAACAAAUCACUUUGCCGGGGAAAAAUUGCUGUUUUUACGAGUUUUUCGCGGAAAAUCAAGAUGAAAAUCGCUGUGGAGGGCUGCGCUCAUGGCGAACUCGAGAAAAUUUAUGACGUCAUCGCGGAAUUGGAACAGCAACAAAAUGUAAAAGUGGAUUUGUUGAUUUGCUGCGGCGAUUUUCAGAGUACCCGGAAUCUGGAUGACUUGGAUUGUAUGGCGGUGCCGCCGAAACAUCGCGAUAUUUGUACUUUUUACAAGUAUUACAACGGGGAAAAACGCGCCCCAAUGCUGACUUUGUUCAUCGGCGGCAAUCACGAAGCUUCGAAUUACUUGCAGGAGCUUCCGUAUGGCGGAUGGGUCGCUCCCAACAUCUAUUACAUGGGCUAUGCGGGCGUCGUGAACGUCAACGGGGUCCGAAUUGCAGGAAUUUCCGGCAUUUACAAGGCUCACGACUAUUUCCGGGGACAUUUUGAGGCGGCACCAUACAAUGACAGCACUCUUCGGUCCGUUUAUCACCAACGCCAGCUCGAGGUUUUCCGUCUUUCACAACUUACGCCCAAAAUUGACGUUUGUAUCUCGCAUGAUUGGCCUCUGGGAGUCACAAAAUACGGAAAUGUCGGGCAACUCAUACGUUUUAAGCCAUUUUUCCGGGAUGAAAUCGAGAAUAACACUCUUGGAAGUCCUCCGUGUGAAGAAUUACUGCACAAAUUGAGGCCAAAAUAUUGGUUUUCCGCACAUUUGCAUUGUAAAUUCUCGGCAGUGGUGCCGCAUGACGAAGAAGGAAGCGAAACAAAGUUCCUGGCGCUCGAUAAAUGUCUCCCGAAACGAAGAUUUUUACAGCUUUUGGACAUUGAAGAGCCCGAAAAUGCUGAAAAGGGAUUUUUCUACGAUUUGGAGUGGUUGACGGUGCUGAGUCAGACAAAUUCCUUACUCAGUGUGCAACGAACGCCGAAUUACAUGCCCGGUCCGAACGGAAAUGAGCGUUUCGACUUUCGCCCCACGGAGGACGAGAUGAAAAUCGUUCGUGACAAAUUCCCGGAUCUUCGUAUCCCGGAAAAUUUCCAAAAAAUCAGUCCCGCCUACAAUCCGAACGACAAUCGGCGUCACGGAACGAUGCCAGAAGCGCAAGUUAACAUGCAAACGACCACUUUUUGUGACAAACUCGGCAUCGAUGAUCCUCUAAGUCUCGUUUUAUUGCUUUCCGGCAAGGAACUCAACUACUCGACGUCGAAUAUGAGUCACGAGGAGACUCCUGCGUCAACGUUGGACGACACAGGAAACGUUUCUGGCAAUUUUUCACCGCCUCCAGCAAGUGAUUUGCCAAAACCCGUAUGGAUGAUGGAAGAUCGCAGCGGAGAUCCCGACAAAAUUGACUUGGAUGACGACGAUGAGGACGAAGCAGCGCUCGCGGAAGCUUUCACAGCGAAAUAUUCGACGCCAUUCAAGUCAGUUUUAGGCUUAAGCUCGGAAACGAAACCAGCUUCGACGCCAAAUCGCAUGAAAAUGACACUGCCAAGUCCGAAAUUCGAAAGUUGUUUGGGCACAAAUGCGGAAAGUGUCGAAAAAAAGAUGCCUGAAAGUGUCGAAGAGGAAGCGACGCCCGUGAAAAAGUUCAAAAGACGAAAUCAGGAGAUUUAUGCGACUCCCAGUGAUGAAUGACGUACAAAAAAUUAAUAAAAAAAUAUUUUUUUCGUAAAUGCGAGUUAAUUUUUUAGUCAAAAAAAGUUAUAGGAUGUCCCUUUUAUCCGUUUCUGGCAACUCGAAUGGCUCAACAUCACAGUAG